AUGGCUCUGUACCGUGCAGAAACCAGCUCAGUAAACAUGAUUAUGAGAAUCAUAUGCUGCAUGAUUUUAGUAAUAGAUAUAGAAGAGGGUCUAGCUGAAAAGAUUUGUUCAAAAGGUACCGAUAAAACAGUGAAAUUCUGCCCCCAAAAUGAAAGAAUGUGGAUAAAGGCCAGUAAGAGGAAAAACUGCACACAGUUCAUGACAAAAGACUGUGUUGAUCUACAGUAUCACUGCGUGCUAAAUGCUUAUGGGAAUGGAACGGUCGAGGUGUGUGCUAAGCUGACAUACCUACAAGGAUUUUGUGCAGAAUAUAAUACAUUAACAAAUUCAAUACAAAACUAUUAUCUUUUGCCGUGUAUGAACUUCACUAAUGGUAGAUGUCCGAGCAGAUAUAAAUCGACAGAAGCAUACAAAUAUCAAGAGUGCUUUAAGUUUUUAAAAAGACCAAAUUUAAAUUCGAACAGAACUAGUAAACAUUAUCAUCUCUCACAUGGACAAGGAUCGAUAGAUACAGCCAUGAUUAUUAUACUAAUUGUCCUUUCGCUGUGCGUUUCUGUCUGCUUCAUGAUAUACCUAGUAAAUUACUAUCAUCGAUCAAUCAACGAAG